GGAAUGAACAAACCGGGUUGUCUUUACGUUGAAAUUGACACCACCCUUUAGACCCUUUUUGACUGGACUCACCAUCACCAAAUUGAGGAGAGAGAAAGUUCAAUACUUUAAUGGAAGCUCAAUCAACCAAGUUGCAGUAGCAGCAACAGAAGAAGAAGUAGAGAUAGAUUGUUAAUAAGAGUGAUGAAGAUGAAAGGAUGUGCAGAAAGUGGAGGUUGCCCAACUGACUAUGUUGCUGUUUCUGUAUCUGCUCUUUCCCUUUUACUGCUUCUUGCCCGUUCAGCAUUCCCGUUCCUGUUUUACAAGUUGUCAAUUCCGAAAGGCAGUGCCUUUUGGGUUCCGGCUAUGCAGAUUCUAGCUAGCAUCAACUUUUUGGUAUCUGUUGUGAUGUCAGUCAAUUUGAUCAAAAUUGAGAGAAGACAUUGGUGGCAGUCUUGCUAUUUUUGGGCAGUUUGGCUUGAAGGACCAUUUGGAUUUGGUUUAUUGCUUAGCUGCCGCAUAGUGCAGGUCUACCAUCUCUAUUUCAUUUUUGUCAAGAAGCGGUUACCACCUAUAAGGUCACAUAUUUUUCUCCCAUUGGCUCUACUCCCUUGGGUUGCUGGAGCUGCGCUUAUACACUUGAAGAAACCAUUAAACUAUAGAUGUCAAAUGUCUGCCCGGUGGGUCACUCCAAUGAUGGUCCUACACUCUGUAUAUGUUGUUGCAUUUGUUGGGUUGACAAGGUCCAUUCAGCAUGUGAAUUUCAGAUUUGACGAACUCAAAGACCUUUGGCGGGGAGUAGUUGUUUCUACGCUUUCUGUUGUUUUCUGGGUGGUUGCCUACAUUCUGAAUGAAAUUCACGAAGAUGUUGAAUGGCUUCGAGUUGGGUCCAGGUUGCUGCUUGCAAUUACGACAAGCAUAUUCAUAUUGGCAUUCUUCACUUAUUCAAGUUCGCAACCACUUCUCUCACAAAUAAGCUUGAGGAAACGGGAGUGCCCGAGAUACGAAAGCAUGGGUCAAGCUUUAGGCAUUCCUAACAAUGGGAUUCAACUACAGAGACAAACAACACCUGUUGAUUGCAAUGACCCUUUGGAUAAGCUUCUUUUGAAUAAAAGUUUUCGUCAAUCCUUCAUGGCUUUUGCUGACAGUUGUUUGGCUGGUGAGAGUGUUCACUUUUAUGAAGAAGUGUUGGAGCUCGGGGAAUUACCUACAGAUGACUCCGUAAGAAGAAUCUAUAUGGCAAGGCACAUUAUUCAAAAGUACAUCGUUGCAGGGGCUCCAAUGGAAGUGAACAUAUCCCACCGCACUCGACAACAAAUUUUGAAUUCUGGUGAUCUUGCUCAUCCCAAUUUAUUCAAAACUGCUCUCAAUGAGCUGUUGCAAUUGAUAAAAACGAACUUGGGAAGGGAUUACUGGUCAUCCAUGUACUACAUGAAGUUUAAAGAAGCUGGUGCAAAAGCAAACAGCCAUGGUGAUUUGGAGUCGUCUAUGUCAGUGAGCUGGAAUGUGACUCCACGACUCAGUUAUGUUCACGCAGCUGAUGAUCCUUUUCACCAAAACUAUCUCUUCAAAGCUUCUGAUCUUACUCCAUCACAACAAUGAUCAUCAUCGAUCAACAUUAUCUUACAAGUAAAUGAUGUAUAUUAUAUUAUACAGCUGCUGGUAGUUUCAGAUUACAUGUUACAUAUUAUCUGAUACAGAUUACUGAACCAUUGAUGUAUACUUUGCUACUAAUUUUAUUAAUAUUAUACUUUCUCCGCCACUUAA